AUGAGGGUAGAGUGUGCGAAAAUAGAAAAUUUUGUUUUAUACUCUCUUCGCUGUCGCUCUUUUGCAGUCUUUGGAUAUACUCGCUCUCUACUACACCAGCCGUUGUCAAAGCCGCGCCUCUACUUCACCUUGCUGGACACAGAUAGCAAUUGCUGGACCCAGACUCCGUCUUUACGCGAAAAACCACGUGUAUCUGUCUUUGAUAAGGCACAGCCCGCUUCGACACGCCCAGGCCGACCAUCCGGAAAUUGGUCCGCAAAUGUUUUCAGGGGCCCAUUGAGCUAUUCACCCUGUCGCUACCGCUUUCGCUCAUUACCACUCGCUUCUUUUGCUCAAAUCACCAGUCUGCCACAUCAUAAAAUUAGAGAAGUGCUCAGUCCUUUCUCCACAAUAUCAAAAGCCUUUGCUUGCUCACAAACUCCGACUACAAUUGGCAAUAACCUCCAAGCCUCACACAUCAUGGCCAAGCCACUCGAAGGUACCAUUUCUGGCUCCUCACUCUCAUCAAUUUCUGAU